GCGAUCAGGAUAGGUUCAUCACUUUGGUAGGAGCAACUAUUUUUUUUGGAUUGGUUGCAGAUGUCAACAAAUCACAGGAAAGUGCAAUAAAGAGACAGAGAAAUGAGCCCGUCCACUUGAGAUUAGACUUAUACUAGAUACAAGUGCGACAACGUCCACUGCUCUAUCGCCUAUAACAAUUCUGGCACUUAUCUCAAGCUUAGUUAUAUCCCGUUGUACUCGUAGAUACAAAUAGAAUCAUGUCAUCGUCUUGGUCAUCAUGGCUGCUCGUCUUUACCUCCACUCUUUUGAGUCGAGCAGGGUUGUUGAUGCUAGCGUGGACGUCGAAAACUUUUCUUCUAGUACAUCAAGAAGAAUUUUUUGCAGCGGCUGCCCGCAUGGGAGGAGCAGGUUUGUUCUUAGAGGUGGAUGCUCAAGAGCAAGAAGAUAGUAGAAACCUGUACAUGGUAGGAACCCCUUCUAGUACACCAAAAGGCCAUCAAGCACAAGAAGAAGAAGUUACUCCAACAAUAUUUGCAAAGCCUUGGCAGCUGGUCUACGUUAAGGCUACAAGAAAUGCAUCUUCACUGUCAACAUCUUGUUGUUGGUCCUCCCGUUUUUGAAGGGAAAAGGAGACCCAUCAAGAUGCUGCUGAAGAUGGAUCAUUUCUCUUAGAAGUUCUAACCACGAGAGUCCCGAAGAAAGAAAAGCGCGGACGGACCAGGUAGCCUCUUUUAGCGUCAAAGGGCAGGAGGUGUCGCGCAAGUUCUUCAUAGAGGAUUCUGCCGUUCUUGAGACGAGGAAGGCGUAUCCAUUCCAAGUGGUCCACCCAGACUAUGAAGAUCAGGAUACCAAUACGAGUAGUACAAUAAGAAGUAGGAUCUUUGCGGCAUCGGAUGAAGUGAUGCCUUACCUUCCACAGCAUGCAGCAAAAAUGAUUGCCGACGCGGCUAGAAGGAGUCUUCUUGUUUCUGAUGUGGCAGGUGGAGCUGAAACGGAGGUGGACUGCUCAAGUGCACUGAUACCUGUCGGACGACGGAGUCGUGAAACCGACACCACGCCUCGCCCAGGCGACGAUCCCACGCUGCUAGUACACUUAAGGGUCGGCUAAAGAUGUUCCUGUUACCAUUUGUUUUGCCUCUCCUAAUGGAGAAAAGCAUAACAAACGGGGAAGCGAACACCUAAGCCCUUCCUCUAAUACAACCUGCGCCUCCUGCUCCUUUCAGCCCAAGCUCCGCGAAGAUCAUCCGUUUCCAUCUUUUUCAUAACCACGACGAUGAGGCAGAGAAGAGAAUGAUGUCAAUUGCGGAGUACGUAAUUCGCCUACAAAAAUGGUUCAAAGCGUCUCCUGAGUCAUUUGUUUUAGCCUUCAUUUACGUCCAGCAGGUAUUAAUACAAUCGCCACUGAGGGAGCAACUUUUCAGGAGAAGUCAGAGGCUUAGCAUUCAUCGACUGCUGCUAGCUGCGCUCACUUAAGGCAGAGCUUAUUUUAUUAGAGCUCUUCGUUGAUUUUUCCAGAAGUUUGAGUAUCAUUAUAGUCCUGCUGAUUCUUACGGCCUACUUACUCAGUUUCUUCAGUAUGAUCAUCAUCGUUAUCCACCUGAGUGCGUGCACUCCAAGUUCAAGAAUUUUGAAGUCAAAUAGUAGAAUCACCCUCCAGCUAAUUUCAAGUUCUUGUCCUCCUCUAAUGUGCUGUGUCCAAAAAGUAUAACGAUGACGAUGCCCUUUACGUUCAAAGCUACUACGCAAAGGUCGGGGGCGUGGCAGUGGCGGAACUGAACCGGAUGGAAGAGGACUUUCUUAUAUUGCUCAAUUGGCGUCUUUCUGUCACUGGCCAUGCAUUCAAAGAGUUCACAAAUUAUGUUGUGAAGAGGACUAAGCUGAUGACCAGUUGUACUAGUACUACUAGUAGUAAUGCUGACAAUUCAAAUUCUUCAGCGGAGGAGCAGCAGGAGAAGUUAGGGUCGGUAGGGUUACUAGGGUUAGCUACACGUCGGGGGAGUGGCGCCAAAUUAUCUAUAUGAUGUGAAAGUCAAUGGUCAUUGCCACUAUAACUUCAGUCAUUUUUUUCUUUGCUUGCAAACUGCAAAGAUAGACUUCCUUAUCUUUUUCAUCCUGCGAAUUACUUACAAGAAAAAGACCGAAGAUGAAAUCAAAGGAUCCUCGCGAUGAAAAGACUGCAGAUGAAACUAGAUCUUCAUUGUGCAUUUUUUCUAGAAAUAGUCACGACUAGGCACGGAAGUGAUGAUGAGAAGAAGGUCCAACAUGCAUUAUGACUUUAACUUGUUUACCGAAUCACCUGCUGUGUGUGACCAAGAUGCAAAGCCUAACCGAAAAUCGUUAUCGUUAUUUUCUAAAGCAGGUCCUCGUCAUCAUCAUGAUCCAGCGCCAGCUACAUGAUAUUCAUCUUACUCAGGAGUUGUAGUUCCUUGCAUGAAACAACGUUUUCCUUUGCAAAUUAUCUCUGGUCAAGAAUUGGGUAACUGUAAUCCUAGGAGUGGUAUGUCUGUGUUAGGUACAUCUACAUUGUACUUAUAUAUAAUCAUGUUCUUGUUGAUUUUCAUACUUCUAGUAUUGAAGGUUAGACUUCUAGUACUAGUUCUUGCUCUUGGACGAGGAUGGUCCAUGAUUCCCUCAUCAAUGGCAUUUCUGCUUUGUUUGAUAAUUCGAGGAACAGUAAGUUCCAUUAGACUGGAGCCACUACUUACUGGAAGCAGCUGGAACUGGUGCAGGC